GAGCCCAAGGGCGGUGCUCGUGCUGGGUGCUCCAUAUCCCACAAUCGAUAUUCCGGUUCAAUCCUCACCGUACAUUUAGAAGAAAAUUCAAAGAAAAUCUACUAAAAAGAUUCAAAUAAGAGGAAACGAGGAAAGAUGUAUCAGUGACCCAUCUUUGAUGUCAGUGCAAAGAGAAAAGAGUGACGUCAUCCGGACCAUUGUGCAUCGAACCAGCCUCGCCAUGGUUGUGGGGUCAAGCGAAUCCGGACCGGCGAUCUUCUGGGUCGCUGUCCAUGACCCACCAAAUGGACGAUCACACGUGCAUGAUGAAUGGCCAGCAUCAAAUCAGGACCGGCUCCCCUGAAACCUCUUGUUCACCUGAAUCCCGCCCGCUAUCAUUGAAAGAGAGAAGGAAAGAGUACCAGUCCCCGCGCACGGAAGAAUCUGCUAAUUUGCGCCUCGAUCGUGUCCAAUUGAGCGUCGUAACCCACACCUUCCCAUUAGAAAUAGAAAAUCCAAACCAUCGAAUUACCAAAUCUUCCCUACCGAAAACCACACCGCCUUCCAAAAUCACCAAACACGUAAACGAUUACAACCUAACAUAGCACGCGCAAGUUAGAAUCAGGCACACAUACCAAACAAAAGUCAAAAAAAAAAAAAAAAACAAGAAAAAUAAAAAACUACGAGCAGCCUCCCAUUUCCUUGUUACGACCACUUUCAUCACACCAAAGCUCUACAAAAACCCAUUGAUACGUUAGAAAUAGAAAAUCGAAACCAUCGAAUUACCGAUUCUUCCCUUCCAAUUCUUAUCACCGAAAUCCGCAUCGCCCUUCCAAAUUCACCCAACAUGCGUAAACGAUUAGAGCCUAACAUAGCACGCGCAAGUUAGAAUCAGGCACACAUACCCCAAAAAAGUCGAAAAAAAAAAAAAAAAAACUACAAGUAGUCUCUUAUUUCCUUACUACUGCCACACUCAUCACACCAAAACUCUACAAAAACCCAAUAAGCCAUGGAGACGAAGUCUCAUUCCCAGCGACACGGCUCAAAAAGGGCCCUGCGCAUAGGAUUAGACGCUACCCAUCCAAUGCGCAAGUUAGCAUUAUUAAAUAUAAAAAAUAAUAAUUACGCCGGCCUUUCUCCAAUAAAUUCGGUGUAUAAUACCCAUUCCCACACGAACCCAAAAAUCUCCCUUUUCCGCCUUCUAACCUUCUUCGCUUCGGAUUGGGAUUUUUGGAACAGAAAAACCAAAGAAAACUCGAGAAAUGAAAACGAGAUAAUAUAUUUUAUUUCUUUACGCAUAUAUACACCGAAACUCCUGUAUAUCUUCGAUGCAGAGACAAAAGCAGCGGUUCCGACCCAUUCGCGAAAAUUCCCAAAUCUCAGAAUCCUUGAAAUUCGGCCGCUGCGAUUCCAAUCUGCGGCUGCCUGUGGCGAUUUCCACUUCUUCGCCAACGGAAUUCCGACGCGUUUCCUCUCCGGCAUUCGCCGGAAUUCCCGCCCGCUCGAUCUCUGCCAUCAGUACCGAAAUUUAGGGUUUUGAUUUGUCGAAAGGGGAAUUAGGGUUUCCUUUCGGGGGCUUUUCAGGAUGAUUAUAAAGCGAAGCCAGAAAUCGGAAAUGCCGACUAUGAAGCGGUGCAGAGUUGAGGAGUCGGACGAUGAAUCCCCGAAGAACCGGAAGAAACGGAAGAAGGGGAACGGAUUCUACCCGCUCGAUCUGCUCGGACGCUUGCCGUUCGCUUCCAGCGGGCUGCUCUGGCCCAGGUUCUGCCGAGACCAUGAGGAUUUCAGCAGCGCCAUCAUCGCUGCCGCAUCUUUGUGCACCGAGGUGUCGUACACCUCUGGUGAAGUGGAGGCGGAUUCAAAGGAGCGUGGGGAAGAGAGGAACGCCUGCGAGGCCCCGCGGCCUCCACUCGUGAAGACAUCGAGGGGGCGUGUCCAGGUACUCCCGUCCCGUUUCAAUGAUUCUGUGCUCAUUGAUCCCUGGAAAAAAGAUAAGACGAGGUCAAAAGAUCCUGACCCGCUGUUUGACUCCGAAAUUGAGGUGAAAGAAUGCAAAAAAGAUAAAUUUGGCUGCAAGAAGCCAAAAUCUGAUGUCCGGACUGUCAAAUAUCAGCUCAAGAAGGAGAAAUUCUAUGCAUUGCAUGAAGAAGAUGAAGAAUUGGGUUAUGUGGGGUUUAGAAGUCACUAUGAUGUCAAGAAGAAUUCGACUUCGCGUAGUACUCUUACAUCCAUUCACGAGCACUUGAUUGAAGUCGAGGCAAAAUCUCAGCCAUUGAUUGGAAUUGAGGAGUCACGGAAGAGUUUCAAUUUGGCACCAGAGGAAAGAUUGCCUAGGGAAGGCAUUGAGAGGAGAAAGGAUGUCUAUCUGCCAGAAGACUUCGCACUGGGUGACAUUGUGUGGGCGAAACCCGGGAAGAUGUACCCCGCGUGGCCUGCGGUCGUGAUAGAUCCGAUGUUGCAGGCUCCUGCGACAGUUCUGAAUUAUUGUGUUGCGGGAGCUGUUUGUGUCAUGUUCUUUGGGAAUGCCGGGAAUGAAAAUGAAAGGGACUAUGCAUGGGUGAGACGUGGUAUGAUCUUUCCAUUUAUAGAAUACCUAGAAAGGUUUCAGGGGCAGACCCAGUUGUACAAGAGCAAGCCUAGUGAUUUUCGGAUGGCUAUAGAGGAGGCAUUCUUAGCAGAGCAUGGUUUUCCGCUGACACCGAUGGUCGAGGAGAUGAAUGCAUCAGAGCAGCAGGCUUAUCAUCAGCCUGCCCUUAGAGGGGUACAAGAGGCCACAGAUUCAAACCAGGAUCAGGAGUGUAUUUCUCAGAAUCAGGCUGUACUUAAAAAAAACAAAUUGGAUCAAUGUUGUGAAGGCUGCGGCCUGAGGUUUCCAAAGAAAACAAAGGGUUCUGUGCCUGAAGGCCAGUUACUGUGUAAACAUUGUACCAGGUUAUUGAAAUCAAAGCAAUAUUGCGGCAUAUGCAAGAAGAUUUGGCAUCAUUCUGAUGGUGGGAGUUGGGUACGUUGUGAUUCAUGUAAAGUUUGGGUUCAUGCGGAGUGUGACAAGAUUUGCAGCAAAGUUUUCAAGGAUUUGGUGGACACUGAUUACUUCUGCCCUGAUUGUAAGGCAAAGUUCAAUUUUGGAUUGUCAGAUAGUGAAAAAUGGCAUCCGCAAAUUCGAUCUAAUAAGAGCAAAGGACUAUUUGUGAUGCCGAACAAGAUAGCCAUUGUAUGUUCUGGUGUGGAAGGGAUAUACUUCCCGAGUCUCCAUUCAGUUGUAUGUGGGUGUGGCUCGUGUGGAUCCGAGAAGAGGACGCUUAGUGAAUGGGAGCGGCACACAGGUUCCAAAAAGAAAAAUUGGAAGUCUAGUGUCAAAGUGAAAAGUUCAAUGCUGCCACUGGAAGAAUGGAUGCUGCAGAUUUCAGAAUACCAUAAAAACGGUCUUGUUGCUGUAAAUCCUCCAAAGCGCCCUUCUUUAAAGAUACGGAAGCAGAAGUUGCUUGCUUUCUUGCGAGAGAAGUAUGAUCCAGUGUAUGCUAAGUGGACAACAGAACGCUGUGCAGUAUGCAGAUGGGUUGAGGAUUGGGAUUACAAUAAAAUUAUCAUCUGCAACCGAUGUCAAAUAGCUGUCCACCAGGAAUGCUAUGGAGCAAGAAACAUUCCAGAUAUCACUUCUUGGGUUUGCAGGGCGUGUGAAACACCUGAUGUCAAGCGGGAGUGUUGCCUUUGUCCUGUCAAAGGAGGUGCUCUGAAGCGAACAGAUGUGGAGACCUUGUGGGUUCAUGUUACUUGUGCUUGGUUUCAACCUGAAGUUUCUUUCUCAAGUGAUGAAAAGAUGGAGCCUGCAGUCGGCAUCUUGAGAAUUCCAUCGAACUCUUUUGUAAAGGUUUGCGUGAUUUGUAAGCAGAUGCACGGUUCAUGCACGCAAUGUUGCAAGUGUUCCACCUAUUAUCAUGCAAUGUGUGCAUCAAGGGCAGGGUACCGCAUGGAGUUGCACUGCUCGGUGAAAAACGGGAAACAGAUCACGAAAAUGGUCUCAUUUUGCUCUUUCCACAAGGCUCCAAACCCGGAUACUGUUUUAAUCAUACAUUCCCCUCAAGGCAUUUUCUCUGCCAAAAGUUUGCUCCAAAGUAAGAAGAGGACUGGUUCAAGGCUAAUCUCAACUGUUAGAGCAGAGGUCCAACAGGAUUCAACUCCUGAAGUUCAGCAGUUUGAGUCAUCUGCUGCAAGGUGCCGGAUCUAUAAAAAACUUGGAAAUAAGAGAACAAGAGAAGAAGCAAUUUCCCACAGAGUAGCAGGGCCUUGCCAUCAUUCUUUAGAUGCAAUCGAAAAGUUGAAUUCAUUUAGGGAAGAGAAGGAUCCUCUAUCUUUUUCUACAUUCAGGGAGCGCCUUCACUUUUUACAGAAAACGGAACAGAAGCGGGUUUGCGUUGGCAGAUCUGGAAUACAUGGAUGGGGGCUCUUUGCACGUAGGACUAUUCAAGAAGGAGACAUGGUUCUUGAAUAUCGUGGUGAACAGGUUAGGCGCAGUGUUGCUGAUCUAAGAGAAGCACGUUACCGGUUGGAAGGCAAAGACUGCUAUCUGUUUAAGAUCAGUGAAGAAGUGGUUGUCGAUGCUACAGAUAAAGGGAAUAUCGCACGCUUAAUCAACCAUUCUUGCAUGCCCAACUGCUAUGCAAGGAUCAUGAGUGUGGGUCCUGAUGAGAGCCGGAUCGUACUUAUUGCCAAGAUGAAUGUUGCUGCUGGUGACGAGUUAACAUACGACUACUUGUUUGAUCCCGACGAAGGCGAUGACCACAAAGUCCCCUGCCUCUGUAAAUCCCCUAAUUGCCGGAAAUUCAUGAACUAGGACCCACAGAUCACACCAUUAUUUCGCUCUAACAUGGAGACAUUCUCCCAUCCCCGUGAGAUUUGCUCUUCUUCUUCUUCUUCUUCUUUUUUUCACUGAGUUUUGUAAUUUUGCUUUUUCCAUUUGUUUUUCCAUAAUUCUUCAAGCUAAAUAAAAGCUCAAGAUCACAGGUGGCCCAGCUGGCGGCAAUGAUGUAAAUUGUAUAUGUUGGUACACUGCUUCUAAUUUAAUUCAAAGCCAUCUUUCAUACCAACAA